CACCGUAGAGAAACAUGGUUGAGAGCAUUAUGGAGCAUAUAUUCUUACUGGUAAUAGUCACACUGCUGAGCAUUGCACAGAACGCAUUUUUUGCUCAGAAAGUUGAGAAGGAAUGUAAGGCGCACAGUAAAACGGCUGCAUUUGAACGCCUGUCUUGUGCCAGCCGAAACUGUAUGGAUGCCUACCCGACAUUCCUGGCAGUCAUGUGGUGUGCUGGUAUAUGCAUUAAUCAAGUACCAGCGGCUUUUGCUGGAACUGUGUAUCUUGUGGCCAGACAGAAGUAUUUUGUUGGCUACAUGGGACAGACAUCACAGAGCACUCCUGGUUUCCUGUUUGGAAAGCGGGUUCUUUUCUUUCUGUCACUCAUGUGCAUUGUGGGAAUAGUGAACUACCUACUAGUGACCUAUGGAGCCAGUGACUAUAAAGAGUACAUCCAGGUCAUCACCAAGGCUGCCACUACUCUUCUUCUUAUCCCUUAG